CGCAGGAGCAGCGCCCGCCCGGGCCAAACCAAUCGUGAUUUCCUCGUUACGGACGGGCACCUGGCAGGUCACUCGAUCACUUUUUGCGCUCUCCUGCCCUCCACCACUACUUCGGGAACCUCUCCACGGUUCAUCUCCUUCCUUAUUCCGCAUUGUCUUGUCUCUCACUCGUCAUCAUCCACCGCUGCCGUUCCUUAUAUCCUCCUGACGUGCCCACCAUCCUGGUCUGGCCCUCCUGCAAACGACCAGAGCGUGCUUGUGCGCAUACCAACACCACCAUACUGCCCACCCCCUUAGCACCCACGUCUUCCUUGCCCAAGUUUCGAUCCUCUCUUCAUAAGUCAACAUGUCUGAGGGCGACACCAAACCUCCCAAGGGGCCCGUAGUGGCGGAGGCCCACGAUGUUGACACCUACCAUGUUCCUAAAGCCUUCUUCAAGAAAGGACCAGGCAAGCCCCACAUUAAAGAUCUCGACGAGUAUAACGCCAUGUACAAGGAGUCGAUCGAACAACCGGACAAAUUCUGGGGAAAGAUGGCCCGCGAGCUCCUUGACUGGCAGCAAGACUUUCAGACAGUGAAGAACGGUACACUGAAAAAUGGUGACAGUGCUUGGUUUCUGGAAGGACGUCUGAACGCGUGUUAUAACUGCGUGGAUCGCCACGCCAUUAAGAACCCUGACAAGCCCGCCAUCAUAUACGAGUCGGACGAACCGAACGAAGGCCGUGUUCUGACUUAUGGCGAACUUCUCCGUGAGGUCUCCCGAGUUGCAUACACACUCAGGGAGAUGGGUGUAAGAAAGGGUGACACCGUCGCCCUUUACAUGCCCAUGAUUCCGGAGGCACUCAUCUCUUUCUUGGCUGUCACACGCAUUGGUGCAAUUCAUUCCGUGGUCUUCGCUGGCUUUUCCUCGGGCUCCUUGGCUGAUCGCAUCAUCGAUGCGAAUUCCAAGGUGGUCAUUACCACAGACGAGGGUAAGCGUGGUGGUAAGGUCAUCGGCACUAAGAAGAUUGUCGACGAGGCCCUCAAGAAGUGCCCGGAAGUAACUCGCGUCUUGGUAUACAAGAGGACCGGGGCGGACGUUCCUUGGACCAAAGGCCGGGACUUCUGGUGGCACGAAGAGGUGGAAAAGUACCCUAAUUACAUCGCGCCAGAGUCCAUGAACUCGGAGGAUCCUCUCUUUCUGCUUUACACAUCCGGCUCGACCGGCAAGCCAAAAGGUGUUAUGCAUGGAACAGCAGGUUAUCUGCUGGGAGCAGCGGCAACGGGUAAAUAUGUCUUUGACAUCCAUGACGACGACGUGUUCUUCUGCGGCGGUGAUGUGGGCUGGAUCACAGGACAUACGUACGUCGUGUACGCCCCCCUACUUCUCGGUGUCGCAACCGUUGUCUUCGAGGGUACCCCUGCAUAUCCUAAUUUCUCGCGGUAUUGGGACGUCAUCGAUAAGCACAACGUGACCCAGUUCUACGUUGCCCCUACCGCACUCCGGCUGCUGAAAAGAGCUGGCGAUGAACACAUUCACCAUAAAAUGCACAAACUGCGAGUACUCGGCUCAGUCGGGGAGCCCAUCGCAGCCGAAGUCUGGAAGUGGUACUUUGAAUCAGUUGGGAAAGAGGAGGCACAUAUCGUGGACACAUACUGGCAAACAGAGACUGGCUCUCAUGUCAUCACUCCGCUUGGUGGUGUCACACCCACCAAGCCUGGUAGUGCUUCGCUGCCUUUCUUCGGCAUCGAGCCUGCCAUCAUUGACCCGGUCUCCGGUGAAGAAAUUGAGGGCAACGACGUUGAAGGUGUCCUAGCAUUCAAACAGGCUUGGCCGAGUAUGGCACGCACGGUUUGGGGCGCUCACAAGAGGUAUAUGGACACUUACCUGAAUGUUUAUAAGGGAUAUUAUUUCACUGGUGACGGUGCUGGCCGCGAUCAUGAAGGAUACUAUUGGAUCCGUGGACGUGUUGAUGAUGUUGUCAAUGUGUCUGGACAUCGUUUGUCAACAGCCGAAAUCGAGGCAGCCUUGAUCGAACACGAUGGUGUUGCCGAAGCUGCGGUUGUCGGCAUUAACGAUGAGCUUACUGGUCAGGCUGUCAACGCUUUUGUUUCCCUCAAAGAUGGCGUGGAUGGCGGCGAGGCAACGCGCAAAGAUCUGAUUCUGCAGGUUCGCAAGCAGAUCGGUCCCUUCGCGGCACCUAAGGCCAUCUUCAUUGUCGACGACCUUCCGAAGACCCGAUCGGGUAAGAUCAUGAGAAGAAUUCUGAGAAAGAUUCUGAGUGGUGAGGAGGACAGCCUUGGAGAUGUGUCUACUCUUAGCGACCCCAGCGUUGUUGACAAGAUCAUUGAGACAGUCAAGGGAUCCAGAAAGAAGUAAUUGAAUGGGAGCGAGGAGUGCUGGAGUGUCGAUAUACCCUCAUAAGUUCAGCAAUUCCUUGUCCGGGAGAACAUCUGUAAACCCCAUAGUCCAAAAUAUAUCGAAAUGUAUCUGAUCCUGUUCCACAUGAACCAUAUUGCUGCCUGAGUUCGGCUUCGGCCUUGACUGAGAUGACCGUCAGGCUUCAGGUUGUACCAUAGUGUGCCUGUUUGGGGGUUGGGCCAGUCUCCACAAAAGCAGCCAGUCAUUGAUCGUUCGAAGAACGGAAUCGUCCAUCAAUGUAGGGUAGAAGGUCAACGUUACUGGACUGAAUAGACAAGGCACGGCGAUCAAAGGAAGGCCUUCCCUGCUGACUCAGUUCUCACGGCAUCGUGCCUUGGCAAACGCCAAUGCGGCAAGCGCAGUCUGAUCAACCUCUUGUUAGACACCCUCCUCAUC